GAUCAAAGUGCACUGAGUGUUCAUCUUCCUGCAUUCUCAGAGAGUUACGUGGAAGCCUUACGGGGUCCAAUAUUCUGUCCAGAGGAUUUGUACACCCCAUUAAACUUUUCAUCGACCAUGAUAACCUGAAGAGCCAUCCAGAUGUGAAGCUAAUGAAAAUGAAGGUCCUGGGAACUAGACAAUUUCUCUUGAAGCUUUUUCUUCUACUGAUCCUUACCACAAACCUGGUGACAUCGGCAGAUAAAAAUCUACUUCCAAACGAAAAAGCAAAAAUUCGGUCAGACAAAAAUAUAGGACAAUUGCAAGAUACAAAUAUUCCUCCAUUGAUAGAUUUCACUGUGUGCCUAGAUCUUAAUUGCACAAACAAAGCUGCCUGGACUGUAUUCUCAUACUGUGUAGAAGAUGGCGAAGGGCCUGCUGAACUUGCCUUGGGUUUCUUGCGUGACAAUAUCUUUCGAAUCUUUCACCUGGGAGCCCAUUAUGAAUUUGAGCUGGAUCUGGAAAUAGAUACAUGGUAUACUAUAUGUUUAACCCGGAAGAGCAUCACAAGAAAGCUGGAGGCAUAUGUGAAUGGGAUAAGUGUCCUUACUAUGAAUAUGACUAGUAAUGAUCCACUGAAAGGCGGAGGAAGUCUGGUGUUAGGUUGUAACCAUUUAAGGGAGGCAGGCGAGAUCAGCAUUAUAACCAGUUCAAACUUUGCUGGAGAAUUAUACAACUUCCAGAUGUGGAAUUAUUCAAGAUCACCUAAUGAGCUGUAUGACUGUUCUGAAGGAAAUCUUCUCAGCUGGACAAAAGAGUUGUGGAAAUUUAAUAGACCAGAAAUCGAUGAUAAGUUACGUUGCGCUUCAGCCAAAGUAACAGAUAUACCAUCCUCCACCAAAGCAACAACUUUUCAAACAACAAUCAAUAAAAAUCUACUUCCAAACGAAAAAGCAAAAAUUCGGUCAGACAAAAAUAUAGGACAAUUGCAAGAUACAAAUAUUCCUCCAUUGAUAGAUUUUACUGUGUGCCUAGAUCUUAAUUGCACAAACAAAGCUGCCUGGACUGUAUUCUCAUACUGUGUAGAAGAUGGCGUAGGGCCAGCUGAACUUGCCUUGGGUUUCUUGGGUGACAAUAUCUUUCGAAUCUUUCACCUGGGAGACCAUUAUCACUUUAAGCUGGAUCUGGAAAUAGAAACUUGGUAUACUAUAUGUUUAACCCGGAAGAGCAUCACAGGACAGCUGGAGGUAUAUGUGAAUGGGAUAAGUGUCUUUACUAUGAAUAUGACUAGUAAUGAUCCACUGAAAGGCGGAGGAAGUCUGGUGUUAGGUUGUAACCAUUUAAGGGAGGCAGGCGAGAUCAGCAUUAUAACCAGUUCAACCUUUGCUGGAGAAUUAUACAACUUCCAGAUGUGGAAUUAUUCAAGAUCACAUAAUGAGCUGUAUGACUGCUCUGAAGGAAAUCUUCUCAGCUGGACAAAAGAGUUGUGGAAAUUUAAUAGACCAGAAAUCGAUGAUAAGUUGCGUUGCGCUUCAGCCAAAGUAACAGAUAUACCAUCCUCCACCAAAGCAACAACUUUUGAAACAACAACCACUUUACCACCAUCCACUAGCACAACACCACUAGACCCUAACUUGUCAUCCACUGAGACCUUGAAUGCUGCCACGACAAGUACGUCUAAAUUAACACCUGCACCUGAACUUGACUCCACAACAGUAACAAAGAUGGGAACAACUUCCAUAUCAGUGAAGCCACCAGAAUCUCAGGCUACAGAUCAGCCUGGACUGUCAGACAACUCUACACAAUCCUCUACAGCAGAGUCCUUCUCUGAAAAUAAUCCAGUAGUGAAUUCAAGUAUCAUCUUACCAACCAGGAGCAAUGUUUCUACAACUGCAAACAUAUCUUCAUCCCAUCCCAUUCAUCCCUCAGCAACAACACCACCCACUGUGACAACCUCAUCAUGGGUAAAACAUACAACUGCACAGCAAUUGACAACUUCAAGUACACUUGCAACUAUACCUCCAUAUGUGACAACAAGUUCAGGGUCAUUACAAGUCACUACUACUGACUCCAGUGGGAGAUCAUCUGCCGCCAAACCAUCUCCUCCUUCAAUUACAGAUACCCAGGUUGGAAUUACAAAGAUUACUGAAACUUCCUCCACUGACAGUACGACAUCUAAGAGCACAAGAUCACCAGCUGGCAUCCCAACCUCCACAAAGACCCCAGCAUCUAGCACUUCAAGUGAUUUUAAAAGAACAACACAAGGAGUUAUUAGUGUAUCUACUACAGCCGCUUCUACUCAAACGCCUUCUUCAUCACAGCCUAGUAGCAGUACUCUGGAAGUCAACACCUCACCAUUAUUUUUCCCCAUUACAGCGAACAUCUCAUUUUCUACUUUAUCACCUGCUCUUUCUGGAAUGACAGAAUCUUUAGUAUCAGAGUCAGGAUUCACAAGCACUGCAACUUCAGAAUACAGCAGGAAACCCGGGCAAGCAACAACAGACACACAAGUUGGAAUUACAAAGAUUACUGAAACUUCCUCCACUGACAGUACGACAUCUAAGAGCACAAGAUCACCAGCUGGCAUCCCAACCUCCACAAAGACCCCAGCAUCUAGCACUUCAAGUGAUUUUAAAAGAACAACACAAGGAGUUAUUAGUGUAUCUACUACAGCCGCUUCUACUCAAACGCCUUCUUCAUCACAGCCUAGUAGCAGUACUCUGGAAGUCAACACCUCACCAUUAUUUUUCCCCAUUACAGCGAACAUCUCAUUUUCUACUUCAUCGCCUGCUCUUUCUGGAAUGACAGAAUCUUUAGUAUCAGAGUCAGGAUUCACAAGCACUGCAACUUCAGAAUACAGCAGGAAACCCGGGCAAGCAACAACAGUCAGUUACUUCGUUGUCAGCAUGUCCUUGAAAUUCUCAGAUGCAGUGAUUGAUGCAGAUGAGGUUGCCUCCAGCGUGAAAAGCAUGUUGGACUCCUUUCUUAAUAAUACAGAUUUUUCGGUGCUGGAAAUAACUGUUUCUGAGGGACCAAGUUAUAUUUCAAAACUAAUCAUCCAAGCAAACUCUUCAGGCACGCCAGAAUCCCUCGCUGAGAAUUUGCAAAAUCUUUUGGAAGAUCUUAAAGAUGAACAGGGCAAUUUAAGUUUUUCCAUACAGAGCGUGAGCAUAAAGGCCUUGGAGAAAUGUCCUGCAGAGAAAAAACAGUAUAAUCAUUUUAUUUAUGAGUGGGAGGAAACAAACCCUGCCGGAACUGCACAAAUACGAUGCUACACCAAUCCAGAUGAGUUUGUUUCAAGAUACUGUUCUAUCAGUGUAAUUACGGAAAGGGCUGAGUGGAAAGACCCUGAUUUCAGCAGAUGUGUUCUUCUAACAUCACUUCCUAAUUUAUUUGAGGAUCUUGAUAACAUCACUGUGACACCAGAAAAUGCUAAAUAUUUGGCAGAACACAUUUUAAACAUGACAACAAAGGCACAUUCCCUGCCAGAAAAUGAUAUAAGGGUCAUUCUAAGCAAAGUCUCUGAAAUAAUAGCGUUGGCAGAUACAGACAUUAAAUUUGCCACAAUUCAUUUGAAUGUUAUAAACGACAUCUUAACCAAAGCUAGUUCUCUGAACAAAUUUACAAAUCGGAUCCUAAACAUUACAGAGGAAAUUGGAUUCAGAAUGAAUUUUCCUGGGGAUAGUGCAAAUGUCACUGCUGAUUCUAUGGCUUUACUAGUAUCGAAUGUUAACUUCAGUAGUUUUCAAGACAGUUACUUCACUGUAACGUCUUAUCAACAAGCACAGAACUUAGAGAUCAUAUCGGAAAAACCUCCAAUUGACAACGUUGUUGUCUCCAUAUAUCUGCCUGAAGCAAUAGGAGACGAAGCUGGAUUAGCAGCCUCUAAAGUGCAGUUCAACUUUUUAGGAAGUUUAUCACUUUUUCUGGAUUACACCUUUGGUAAUUACAAAUUAAACACCUACGUCAUCAGUGCCACUGUAGAAGGAGUUACCAUACAGAAAUUAGACCAGCCAGUUAGAAUCAAGCUACAGCACAUUGUUGACAACACGGAGAUGCGUCCAGUAAAGUGUGUAUUUUGGGACAUCACUAAAAACGAUAAUAUAGGUGGAUGGAAUGAAUCUGGCUGUUCAGUGGCUGAUACAGAUGUUGAUUUCACCUGGUGUAACUGCUCUCACCUUACUCACUUUGGGGUUCUUCUUGAUUUGUCAAGAAAACCUGUUGACAACCCAUUUGAUGAGUACAUAAUGAGUCUGAUGACGUAUGUGGGAUGUGGAAUCACCUCCUUGUUUCUAGCGUUCACUCUGGUCACUUAUGCAAUGUUUAACCAGCUGAGAAGAGACUACCCCUCCAAAAUACUGAUGAAUCUGUCAUUUUCACUGCUAAUGCUGAAUCUGAUUUUCUUGGUUGAUGAUUGGUUGACAACAUUUAGAAUUCACGGUCUGUGUGUCACUGUUGCUGCCUCCCUGCAUUAUUUUCUACUGACCUCCUUUACAUGGAUGGGACUGGAAGCUGUACAUAUGUAUUUUGCAUUUGUCAAGGUUUUCAAUUCAUACAUCCAUAAAUACAUUUUAAAAUUAUGCAUUGUUGGUUGGGGAAUACCAGCAGUUAUAGUUGUGGUGGUACUCAGUAUAAAUGUUAAUUUCUAUGGAGGUGUAUCCAAAACGAAUCAAUACAUCGAUCCUAGUGGCGACUCUGCAUCAUUCUGCUGGAUCCAGAACAAUGUCGUUUUCUAUGUAACGGUCGUGGCUUAUUUCUGUAUCAUAUUUCUGACCAAUAUAGCCAUGUUCAUUGUUGUACUUCUUCAAAUCAAGUCACUGAAGGCUACAAAGAUAAAGGAUUGGAAGACUCUCUUUUUCCAUGAUAUUAAAAGCACUCUCAGUCUUGUCUUCUUGCUUGGAUUAACCUGGGGCUUUGCCUUCUUUGCCUGGGAUCCUGUUCGAACUGCCUUCAUGUACCUAUUUACUAUUUUUAAUACUUUACAGGGAUUUUUUAUUUUUGUAUUUCACUGUCUGAUUAAGGAGAAUGUAAGAAAGCACUGGAGGAUGUACUUAUGCUGCGGAAGGUGCCAACUUGACAAUUAUUCAGACUGGAGCAGGUUGAGCAAUGCCGACACAAAAUAUAAUGGUCGCAUACAUCAGUCACCCUCCGAUUCCUAUCAGUCAACAAGAUCAAACAACACAGCAUCUACUAAUUCAUCCAGUCUGUCAGGCUUCUCUAGAGACGGCUAUUCUGAGUGGACCUAUAGAAAUGGAGGAAUAUUCAUCAAUUCAGCUCAAGCAGCACCUUCUAAUCGUGCAACCACCUAUCCUGACUCCACAAGAACAUUGCAAUUUUUGGAUUUUGGCACACAGUAAAAGGAACUGACAUAAUAUUUUCUCUCCCAUUAAAAUACAUAUUUUCUGUUUGCUAAAACACAAUGAACAAUGCUUUCAAGUGAAUUUACUGUCAGACACAAAAAGACAUUUACACCCUGAAUUAUCAUGUUUCAAGUUAGUUAUUCAGAAGGGCACAAGGAUGUGAGAAUUGUGUGCAUACUGGAAGAUGAUGUAAUAUUCAGAAGUAAUGCUUAAAGCGGAGUU